AUGCAACUUCCCUUAAUGAAAAAGUCAGAUUGCAUGUAUGAGUACGGCUCCUAUGAGGGUUGCAAGGUUCUCAAGAUGCCAUAUCUGGGUAGCAAAAACGAUAAAAGAAGGUUCUCUAUGUACAUAUUUUUACCUGACGACACGUGUGGUCUCCCUAAACUCAUGGAGAACAUCAAGUUUCACAACAACAUGUUUGAUAAUGAUCAAAUCAAGCUCACUAACGUCAAUCUAGGGGAAGUUUUAGUCCCAAAGUUUAAAUUCGAAAGCGCAAUUGAGCUUUCGGGUAUAAUGAAAGAACUAGGGCUAACACUACCCUUUGAGUAUCUCGGGGAUCUUACAAAGAUUGUUGAUCUCCCCUCGGAAUUAAAUGAUUUGAUCUAUGUUUCGGACAUCGUUCAAAAGUGUUGUAUUGAAACUAAUGAAACUGGUACGGAGGCAGCAUGCUACACCGAGCUAGAAUUCGACGAAUCGUGUGCUCCUCCUUCAUCCUUGGAUUUCAUUGUUGAUCAUCCUUUCAUGUUCAUGAUUAGGGAAGACCACUUUGGCAAAAUACUUUUCAUGGGCACGGUUUAUAAUCCUUUAUUGGAUCAAGGCAUAAUACAAAGUUGA